AUGGGCAAAGAAAGAUGUCCAGAAUAUCCAAAAAAGGUGGUAGUUAGAAUCAUUUCACAUCAUUCAUCCUUCAUGCACGGACCAGUGGCUAAGUAUAUUUUUAAAUUCUUGCAUAAUGGGAGAAAGAAGGAGCGUGAAAGAAUAAUAGCAGGGAAUUUGUUGAUUGAGAGCUUAAUGCCUUUGAAUUUAUCAAAUUUGACAUUUAUCGAUGGAAGAUUUGGUAGAUACAUACCAAAUAGUCUUGUCGCUCGUGCUGUUGAACUGUCAUUUUGUCGCUUCUCUGCCGUUGAAUCGUUGUGGUAA